AUGCAUUACAGUCCAGGUGCUCCGAUCUUAAGAUCUGGUGAUCUUAUCAACUGGGAACUUAUCGGUCAUUCUGUGCCCAGUCUCGAUUUCGGCGAGAAGUACAAUCUGACGAAUGGCCAUGCAUAUAGAGGUGGAACGUGGGCGUCUACGAUGAGGUUUCGUGAGAGCACCGGGCUUUGGUACUGGAUCGGCUGCGUUGACUUCUGGUACACUUACAUUUAUACCGCCAAGGACGCCACCGGACCAUGGACCCGCGCGGCUGUGCUUCCAGGCGGCACAUGCUACUAUGACUGUGGCCUCCUUAUCGAUGACGACGAUACCAUGUAUGUCGUAUACGGCGCCACGGACGUGUCUAUAGCCCAGCUAUCUAAAGACGGACUCAGCCAGGUAGAGACCAAACACAUCUUCAGUGCCUCUGAUGUAGGGAAAGACGGAAUCGAAGGAAAUCGCAUGUACAAAAAGGAUGGGCUCUACUAUAUCCUUGACGACCAUCCAGGCGAUAUUACCUAUAUAUGGAAAUCCGAAAGUCCCUGGGGUCCUUAUGAGAGCAAGAUACUAGUUAACGGUGUUAAAUCUCCAGUGUCUAAUGGCGGAGCUCCGCAUCAAGGAAGUCUCAUUCAGGCGUCAACAGGUGAUUGGUACUACAUGUCUUUCACAUGGGCAUAUCCAAAUGGCCGUAUACCUGUUCUGGCUCCAGUAAAGUGGGGUGAUGAUGGCUUCCCCUUUUUUGUUGCUGACGAGUCUGGUGGAUGGGGUUCAUCUUAUCCGGCGCCACUUCCUGUCGAAGCCGUCCAAAAAUGGACUCGUACCGAUACUUUUGAUGACAGCACUUUGGGCCCAGACUGGGAAUGGAAUCAUAAUCCUGAUGAGACAAAGUACAAGAUUGGCAAUGGCGGGGUGACUUUAUCAACUGCGACUGUGACGGACGACUUGUACGCAGCACGCAACACCCUAACCCAUCGCAUUCAUGGAGAGUUCCCCGUCGGCACUCUUCAAGUUGAUUUUACUAAUAUGGCCGACGGUGACCGAUUUGGCCUUGCAGCUUUCCGGGAUCGCACUGCUUAUAUUGGUAUCCAUCGUGAUGGAUCCAAGUACACAUUAUCCGUCGUGCACAAUAUCACGCAGGAAGAAUCUGCAUGGAAUACGACUGGCCUCGGGAAUAUAGUAGCAACAAUAACAGAUAUCCCUAAAGAUAAGACAAUUUGGUUUCGGCGUCACUGGACGCUCGAGCGAGCGGUAGUUACGCGGCCAAUUUCUCAUACAGUAUAG